GGGGAGCGGCGCGCAGCGCCUCCCUGCUUAGUGACACACACACCCGGUGCGGCGGCUGGUCGAGAAGCCGGCGGGCGUCGUAGCGGCGGCGGCUGAGAGCCUGAGCCCCGAGCAUGGCAGGGGCCGAAGCCGCUGCGGAGGCUGCCGCUGGUUUUCCCUUUUCGCCGGCUCCUCCCGCCCGCCGGGAACUUUUUGCAGCGCCCGGCGGCGGUGCCUCCCCGCGGUGGUGGUGGUGGUGGCUGCGGCGGCGGCGGCAGCAGCGGCGGCGGCUCCGCUCGGCGGUGCCUCCCGGGCCGGGGCUCGGGCUGCUGGGGCUGGUUUUCUCUCGCUUCUGCUGCAGUGCCUUAGCUGGACCAAUUGUUGAUCCACAUGUGACAGCAGUUUGGGGGAAGAAGGUUGCACUGAAAUGCAUUAUUGAUGUAAACGAAACAAUAGCACAAGUUUCUUGGGAGAAGAUACAUGGUAAAAGUUCACAGACUAUUGCUGUUCAUCAUCCUGAAUAUGGAAUAUCUGUUCAAGGAGAAUACCAAGGAAGAGUGUCAUUUAAAAACUAUUCACUUACUGAUGCAACAAUCAUCUUAAAAAAUGUAAGCUUUUCUGAUGCAGGAGAAUAUAUUUGCAAGGCAGUUACAUUCCCACUUGGAAAUACGCAGUCAUCAACAACUGUAACAGUACUAGUUGAACCUGUUGUGAGCUUAACGAAAGGACCAAACCCUCUAAUAGAUGGUGCAAAUAGGACAGUAGCAGCCACUUGUACAGCAGCCACUGGAAAACCUGCUGCAGAGAUUGACUGGGAAGGAGGUCUUGGUGAAAUGGAAUCCAGCUCUACUUUGUUUCCAAAUGAAACGGUGACAGUUGUAAGUCAGUACAUGAUUGUCCCUACAAGAUUUGCAAGAGGAAGACGUAUAACUUGUGUUGUAAGGCACCCUGCUUUGGAAAAAGAGAUAAGAUACCCUCAAGUGUUGGACAUACAAUAUGCCCCAGAAGUUUCAGUAACUGGCUAUGAUGGGAACUGGUUCAUUGGAAGAGAGAACGUUCAGCUCAGAUGUAAUGCUGAUGCAAAUCCAUUACCUAUGGAAUUUAUGUGGACCAGGUUGGAUGGACAAUGGCCUGAAGGAUUGCUAACUGUUAACAAUACUCUGCAGUUCAGCAGCCCGUUGACUUACAAUUACACUGGGACUUACAUCUGUAGAGUGACUAAUGCCCUUGGUCAAAGAAGUGAUCAGAAGACCAUCUACAUAUUAGAUCCUCCUACUACUACCACUCGACUGCCCACGGUUCCCUGGCAUCCUUCGACUGAUGGCAUCACAGGUUUAGCAACAGAACCUAGAAUAAUAGAUUUCCCAACAUCAACCUUGCCAGCCAUGCAGGAAGACUCUUGGGGUACUGUCAUCGGUAGUGCGGUGGGUGGGGCGCUCUUCCUCAUACUUGUCAGUGUUCUGGUUGGAAUUAUCUGCUAUAGGAGAAGACGGACGUUCCGUGGUGACUACUUUGCUAAGAACUACAUUCCACCAUCAGAUAUGCAGAAAGAGUCUCAAAUAGAUGUUCUUCAGUCAGAUGAUGUGGAUUCUUACCCUGACAGUAUAAAAAAAGAAAUAAAGCAUCCAAUGAACAGCCUAAUAUCUAAAGAUUAUUUAGAAGACCCUGAAAAACCAGAGUGGAACAAUAUAGACAAUAUUAACAGGUACCAGGAACGUUAUGAAAGACCGAUGGAUUAUUAUGAAGGUGGAACAUUGGGAAUGAAGUAUAUGGGUGGUGAAUGUUAUGAUGACAAUGAAGAAGACUUUGUUUCUCACAUAGAUGGCUCGGUAAUAUCUCGGAGGGAGUGGUAUGUGUAGUAACCACUGAAAACUAAACGUGUACCUACAAUUCAUUUCAUUGGGUGAUCACUUUCAGAUUGUUUAUACUUACACAAGAGGAAGAAUAAACUUUUUGAAACUGUUUUUUUUUUUUUUUUUUUUUUUCCCAAAGGUUUUUAUAUUGUGACUUGACACAAUGGAAAUGCUGAAUCUGGGGAAAAUGUAUUUGAGCUGCUUUCUUUCCCAAUGCUGUACUACUGUUUGAGUUUUAAUGCAGAGUGCUUAUAUUGGUCUAUGUCAGAGGUAAAAAAGGCUAAAUUAAAGUUGCCAUUCAAAUUGUUUAAGAAUAAAAAGUGGCUGUCUUGGCUCUCUGAUUUAAAAAGAAAUUUACCUAAGGCAAUGAUCAAAUAUAAUCUUUUGGGGCUUUUACUUCACAGAUUAAGUGAAUUACUCCAAUCUAGAUACCAUCUAUGGUGAACUUAAUGCUUCUGUAUAGCACAUAUUUUACCAAUUAAAAUGAGUUACAGCAGAAUCAAAGCUUUAUUUUUAGGGUUUUUUUCUGCACAAAAAUGAAUACCUCUUAGCAUUUUAAUGAGCCUUCUUGUAACUAUGUACUUAAAAGAAGUCAUUGCACUGAAACUUAACUUAUGAACAAAAAUUUGAGGAGUAACUGUGUAAACAGGUCAAAGGCUAGUCUUCGAAUAAGAUGAAAAAUUAUUUUUUUAUAGUCUUUGAUUUCUAAAGCUUAUGCUAGUGUCUGUAUAUAUACAUACUUUAAGAUAUUUUGUUAGGCCUGUAAUUGGCAGGAUGUCAAAAUUCAUUAAUGAAUACAAGACUCUUUGCAAGUACACAGGGUACAAUUUUAGCGACCUUUUUCUGAGGCUUUGUGGGAAUCUUACCACUGAAUUUGCAAGCCGAAGAACUGGACACAACUAAGAAGAAAAGUCUAAUAGAUUUUGGAGCUGGAGGCUAAUGUGAAUUUGCUUAUUUACCCAGGUGCCAAUAAACAGUUGCUAGAAUUUUUGUGACCAGUAGUUAAAACAGUGGUUUUACGCUGCUUCUGAAUAAGUUACAAUGCUUGCUUUGAAGAGGGUAACUAGAAUUUCAGAUGAUUAGUAGGGAAGUGGACACUCACAUUGCUACUUCAUAUAGUGAAAACAUACUCUCUGAUGCUGCAACUACAGAAUCUAUGAAACAGGAGUUUAUCUUUGCAGUCUGUACCACAGUGGAUUUGUUUUCCCUGCAAAUAAUUGAUACUUAUUGAACAAUGCAUUCUUCUUUAAAAAGACAUUGUAGGCAUUCUAUGUAGGACAUCUCAUUUGACAUCUGAAGUAGUUCUACUUUGUCUUGAGCAGGUUCACCAAACUAAUUCUACUGAGGAAAUAACUUUAGAUGAAUUACACACCAAUGAUAAAUAAUAAUUUGGAUAGUAGGUCCUUUGAAGUGCCAUUUUUAAGGGUUUAGCUCAAGGAAAAUGAAGCUGACAAGGCUAUUAGUAUUUGAAACCUGAAAAGGGAAAAAUCUCUGCUACCUUUGAAAUUAAAUAGGCUGUAUAAUUACGGCUACUUCGCGAGCAUUCAUGCUGGAAGGUCUUUUCUAUCCUCAUGGUCUUUGGUAGCUUAGAGCAUUUAGAGCUUCGCAAAAAUAAUUGCAUUGAGCAUUGUAGACAAUACACUGUGAUUGCCUAUGACUGCAUGUCUUUAAAAAAAGAUUGACAACAGCUUUAUUUGAAAAUCAAGUGGAAAAGCAUCCCUAAACAACUUAGGUUCAUGUUUGGAUUAAUGGAGUACAGAUACAUGACUGACCAAAGUCUCAAGAACAAUAGCAAAAGAUAUUGUGUGUAUGUAGUUUGAGUGCAAACACAAAGAAAGGUGUUAAAUUUCUAGCAGAAGGUUCUGAUCCAAAUUAUUUCUGGAAUAAAGAGAUCAUACCUCUCUUCAAAUAAAAAAUACUUGAUGUAUCAUCUUUAAAAGAUGGUGUUACUUAGAAAUAAACAACCAUAAACCUGUUCUCCACAUGGGAUAUUUUGCUUUUGUCUCUGUGGAUUUUUUUGUUUUGAUUUUUUAAAAAUUAUAUAUAUAUUUAAUUCAUAUGGGUUAAGAAGUUGAAAUGUUUUGGAGUUGAAGUUGAUAAUAGGAAUAGGGCUUACGCGUGUUGCAAUGUUUUGUACAUUAUGUCUGUUGUAAAAAGAAUUGAUUGUAAGUACAAAUGGCUGUUGUGUGAAUAAACUUUUUGUUACAUUCUGGAACAUAGGUAGUGCUCAAAAAUGUUUGACAGAUACGCUCUUAAAAUUGGAGAUGAAAAAGCAUAAUAAAAACAGAGGCUGGGUAGAAGCAAA